ACAAAUAAAAAUCAUUUCCACAAUACAAAAAAGACAGUCCAGACAGCAAAGCAAUCAACACCCUCCUCACCCUGAAUCAAACUCACCACAAAUACCCCGUUUCAACUCACACAGAUCUUCUGUAUCCGAUCCCAACACACCCAAGACCAAACAAUGGGUCGAAUCAAAGACAUAUUCGUCACUUUCUUCAACAACAGAUGGCUCGUUUUUGUUGCAGCAAUGUGGGUUCAAUCGUGUGCCGGUAUCGGCUACCUGUUUGGAAGCAUAUCACCGGUUAUAAAAAGCUCAUUAAACUAUAAUCAAAAACAGGUUGCUAGGUUAGGUGUAGCUAAGGAUCUUGGUGACAGUGUUGGGUUUUUGGCCGGAAGUAUGUCGGAGUUUUUACCGAUGUGGGCCCUUCUGCUUAUUGGUGCUGUUCAGAACUUUGUUGGGUAUGGUUGGGUCUGGCUUGUUGUUACCGGCAAAGCUCCGAUGUUGCCAUUGUGGGUUAUGUGUUUGCUGAUAUUUAUUGGGACUAAUGGCGAAACCUACUUCAACACGGUGGCAUUAGUUUCAUGUGUUCAAAACUUUCCCAAGAGUCGCGGGCCGAUUGUGGGAAUACUGAAGGGAUUUGCAGGGUUAAGUGGUGCGAUCUUGACGCAAAUAUACGCGUUGAUUAACUCACCGGAUAAAGCGUCGCUUAUUUUCAUGGUUGCUGUCGGUCCUACGAUGGUGGGGAUUUCUCUUAUGUUUAUUGUUAGACCGGUUGGUGGUCACAGGCAGCUUAGAAUAUCGGACCGGUCGAGUUUCUCUUUGAUCUACUGCGUGUGUCUCGUUUUAGCGGCGUAUUUGAUGGGGGUUAUGCUUGUGGAAGACUUGAUUGAUCUGAACCAAACUAUAGUUCAAAUAUUGACAUCUAUUUUGUUUGUGCUAUUAGUGCUUCCCAUUGGGAUUCCGUUAUGGUUGACUUUUUCGUCUGACCCUCGACCCUCGGAAGAAGAACCUCUUAUAUCCGAAUCGCAAAACAAAGACCAACCCGAAUCGUCACAUGAUCCAAAUGAGAUUAUAUUCAGUGAGGUGGAAGAUGAGAAGCCUGCAGAUGUAGAUUCGCUUCCGGCUAAUGAAAGGCAAAAAAGAAUCUUGCAGUUACAGUCAAGAUUGGCCCAAGCUGCUGCGGAAGGGGCGGUGAGGAUUAAGAGGAGAAAGGGCCCGCAUAGAGGCGAAGACUUUGACCUGACACAGGCUUUGAUCAAGGCUGAUUUUUGGCUCCUGUUUUGGACCCUUUUACUUGGUUCUGGCUCGGGUUUGACUGUGAUCGACAAUUUGGGUCAAAUGAGUGAGUCUUUGGGGUACGAUAACACGCACAUAUUUGUUUCCAUGAUCAGCAUUUGGAAUUUCUUGGGCCGUGUUGGUGGUGGCUAUGUUUCUGAGAUCGUUGUCAGGGACUACGCCUAUCCUAGGCCCGUUGCUCUAGCUGUUGCGCAGGGCUUAAUGUCAAUCGGGCAUUUAUUCUUUGCCAUGGGUUGGCCCGGUGCAAUGUACAUCGGUACCCUUUUGAUCGGGCUAGGAUACGGGGCACACUGGGCCAUUAUACCCGCUACCGCAUCUGAGUUAUUCGGGGUCAAAAAGUUUGGAGCGUUGUACAAUUUCCUCACCCUUGCGAAUCCUGGGGGUUCACUAGUCUUCUCUGGGCUCAUUGCUAGCUAUAUAUACGACUCUGAAGCGGAGAAACAAGCUAAGGAACGUGGUGAAAUCAUCAUAAAGUCAACUUCUUCUAUGCUUACCAAACUAUUUGAAACGGAUGACGCCCUAAAAUGCACAGGUUCCAUAUGUUUCUUUCUGACUUACAUGCUAAUGUCGGGACUCUGUAUCAUAGCUCUCAUCCUAAGUUUGAUACUUGUGCGCCGAACUAAAACCGUCUACCAAAACCUCUACGGGAAAACCCGAACUUGAAAUCCUUCAAUUGAUGAAAUGAUCAAAAGUAUCAAAUACCAGGCGUAUCUCGUCGGUUCACGUCAUUCAAUAUGUUCGAUUUUGGAGUCUUGAAUUUGGUUUGUAUAUCGUGUUUUCAACAUUUGUUUUGGAUUGAAGUUUUGGUAUGCAGUUUUAUUGUAAUCUUAUUAAAAUAUGUAACAAUCUGUGUGAAAAAAAUAUUACAUAUAAUCAUUAUUUAUUUGCUCUGA